AUGGAAUUUACAAUAUGUUGUCAUCAGUGCAUAACAAAUCAUUCAGAUGUGCAAAUCUUAGAUAAAAGAGGAGGUGUCGCCAAGGGAUCGAGGAAACAGCAGCGAAAAGAAUUGGAAGAUCAACACUGGUAUCAUGGUUUACUAUCUAGAGAGGACAUCGAGAAAUUGCUAGUUAAGCAUGGGGACUUUUUGGUGCGUGUGACAGACAACAAAGGAGUGCAUCAAAUUGUUCUUAGUGUACAUGUCGGUGAAAGAAAUAUUCAUUUAACUAUUGCUGUAACCGAGGAUGGUCGUUUUCAGUUAUCAUUGCUUCGAAGGGGAAAAAGAUUUCCUUCAAUUUACGAUUUGGUGCAAUAUUACAAGAUGCAUAGAAUUAAGAUAAAAGAUGUAAGCGGCAGAGAUAUUCGUCUGGGAGAUGGUGUACCUAAGCCUAAAUGGCUUGUUAAACAUGAUGCGAUCAAUUACGACAAAAAUAAACCGCCGCUCGGUUCGGGAAAUUUUGCUGAUGUCUAUCUUGGCACAUUCACUUGCGACAAAAAUGGCAAUGUGCAAGUUAUUCCAGUAGCAAUCAAGAUUAUAAAGGGUGAUAGACGCGAAGCAAAACAAUCAAUGAUAAGAGAAGGCAAAAUUAUGAGUUUUUACAACCAUGAAAACAUUGUUCAGUUCUAUGGAGUGGCAUGCGACCGACCACCAAUAGCCAUUGUAAUGGAGUACUGUCCAGGUGGUAGCUUAGAAAAUCAUCUUAAAAAGCAAAAGGAAAAUAUUGUCGUUGGCGAGCGAAUUGAAUAUUGUUUAGAGGCAGCACUUGGCAUGAGAUAUUUGCACUUACAAGGUUGUCUCCAUCGUGAUCUUGCUGCACGCAAUUGUCUUAUUUCGAUGGACGGUCUAGUAAAAAUAUCAGAUUUCGGUCUUAGUAAAGCAGACGCACUUGGUAGAGAGAAUGAUAUUGAAAUGACCGAUAUUCCUGUGAGAUGGAUGGCACCAGAAACGCUCGUCAGAAAUCCUCAGUUCUCGAAAAAGAGUGAUAUAUGGUCAUUUGGGGUUCUUUUAUAUGAGAUUUUCAACUUGGGUGUGAAACCAUGGCCGGAUGAUGAAAAUAAAAAGAUAGCAACAAAUAUUCGGCAUAUCCGAAUGCCAAUAAUGCCAUCAAUAACACCACCAGAAAUCAAAGUUUUGGUUUCAAUGAUAUGGAUAAAAAAUGCAGACAAUAGACCAGCUUUCAAAAUUAUCUGUAAAAAACUUCAUGAUAUGCAAAAAGGCGAUCUUAAGCCACCGCCAGUUGCCGAAUGUGCCGUAAAUCGUAUACCAAAUGUAAAGCGAGUAGAAUAUAUUAAAGUAGAGCACAUUUUGGACGAUAUAACAGAAGAAGCAGAAAUUCCCGAAACACCAACAAUAACUACUGAUGAAACUACUGAGAGUGGAAAAAGAAUUCGUAAAAGAUCGCUGUACAUGAAGUUAAUUUUUGUAAAUUGUACAUGGCGUCUUUUAGACACUGAUCUUUCUGAUCAUUUUUCAAAAACACUCAAGAAACUAACAAAAUAA